GAGCUGCAGCAGCUGCUCUCCGCCAGGGGGCGAUGUGGAUCCAGCCGGAGGAGGUGCUCCUCGUGGGGGCGCUGUGGGUCUGGGAGCGGGCCAACCCGUUCUUUAUCCUUCAGAGGAGGAGGGGCCACGGCCGUGGGGGGGGGCUGUCCGGUCUCCUGGUUGGGACUCUGGAUGUGGUUUUGGACUCAAGUGCUCGAGUGGCUCCUUACAGAAUCCUGUUACAGACGUCAGAUUCUCAGAUCUACUGGAACAUCGCCUGUGGCUCGUCCAGGAAGGAGAUCACGGAGCACUGGGAUUGGCUGGAGUCCAACCUGCUGCAGACCAUAUCCAUCUUUGACAAUGAUGAAGACGUCACCACCUUCGUCAAAGGGAAGAUCUGUGGCCUCAUCGCGGAGGAAAACCGUCUGAAGCCGGGAGCGGAGCAGGAGGAGGAUUGUGGGAAGUUUCGGGAGGCGGAGCUGAAGAUGAGGAGGUUGUUCGGGAUGCCUGAUGAAGAGAAGCUGGUGAAUUAUUACUCCUGCAGCUACUGGAAAGGAAGAGUCCCGCGGCAGGGCUGGCUGUACCUGUCCGUCAACCACCUGUGCUUCUACUCCUUCCUGUUGGGCAAGGAGGUGUCCCUGGUGGUGCCGUGGACAGAGGUGACCCAGCUAGAGAAGAACGCCACCUUGCUGUUCCCGGAGAGCGUCCGUGUCAGCACGCGUCACAUUGAACAUUUCUUCUCCAUGUUCCUCAACAUCAACGACACCUUCAAGCUGAUGGAGCAGCUGGCCAACAUGGCCAUGCGUCAGCUGCUGGACAACGAGGCGUUUGCUGCCGACUGUUCGCUGCCCAGACCCUGCAAGACCCUGAAGAACGUGUCUGCGCUGAAGAGGGAUCUGGAUGCGCGGGCAAAGAACGAGCGUUACCGUGCAAUGUUUCGUCUGGUGCAGGACGAGCGUCUGGACGGACACACAGACUGUACGCUGUGGACACCGUUCGCCAAGAUGCACGUGGUCGGACAAUUGUUUAUUUCCAACAACUACAUCUGUUUCAACAGCAGAGAAGAAGAUCUGUGUCAGCUGAUCAUUCCACUCAGAGAGGUGUCCAUUGUGGAGAAGGCGGACAGCAGCAGUGUGUUACCAUGCCCUGUGUCAAUCAGCACCAAGAACAAAAUGAAUUUCCUGUUUGCUAACCUCAAAGACAGAGACUUCCUGGUUCAACGCAUCUCCGACUUCCUCCAGCGAACCCCUGACAGUGCUUGGGGCAACAGCAGCCCGCUGUCUCUGAUUGGACACUCGAUUUUUUGUCCUCAGGGGUCUUCCAGUGUCCCUUCCUCCUCAUCUGGAGGAUCUCAGUCUGCCCACAGGGGGCGCCAGUACCACUCCGGUCUGCCCACAGCCAGUCAGAGUCUGUUGCAGCUCUACUACCAAGACACUCCUGAGGACCUGGGUCCCAAAGCCAUGAAGGAGAAGAUGAAGGAGGAGUCGUGGAACAUCCAUUUCUCAGAGUUUGGUCGAGGAGUUUGUAUGUACAGAACAUCAAGAACCAGGGAACUGGUUCUCAACGGGAUCCCAGAAGGUCUGAGAGGAGAGCUGUGGCUACUGUUCUCUGGGGCACAGAAUGAGAUGGUGACCCACCCAGGUUACUAUGGAGACCUGGUGGAGCAGGCCAUGGGGCGUUGUUCAUUGGCGACAGAGGAAAUCGAGCGCGACCUCCAUCGCUCGAUGCCUGAACACCGAGCGUUCCAGAACGAGACGGGCAUCACCGCGCUGCGCCGCGUCCUCACCGCCUACGCCCAUCGCAACCCCUGCAUCGGAUACUGUCAGGCCAUGAACAUUGUCACCUCUGUCCUGCUUCUCUACUGUACGGAGGAAGAAGCCUUCUGGCUGUUGGUGGCGCUGUGUGAGCGAAUGCUGCCCGACUAUUACAACACCCGGGUUGUAGGAGCUCUGGUGGAUCAGGGUGUGUUUGAGGAGCUCACCCGGGCGUUCCUCCCCCUGCUGUACGAACACAUGCAGGACCUGGGCGUCAUCUCCACCAUCAGCCUGUCGUGGUUCCUCACCCUCUUCCUGUCAGUGAUGCCGUUUGACAGCGCCGUCCUAUUGGUCGACUGCUUCUUCUACGAGGGCAUCAAGGUCAUCUUCCAGGUGGCGCUGACUGUCCUCCACGACAACAUGGACGCCCUGCUGUUCUGCAGUGACGAGGGAGAAGCUAUGACCAUCCUGGGCAGGUACCUGGAUAAUGUUGUGAAUAAACAGACAGUGGCCCCGCCCAUCCCUCACCUGCAUGCCCUGCUGACGAGCGGAGAUUCCCCCCCCCCUGAAAUCGACGUCUUUGACCUCAUCAAGUCGUCCUAUGAGAAGUUUGGUAGCCUGCGCUCUGAUGUCAUCGAGCAGAUGAGGUUUAAACAAAGGUUAAAGGUCAUCCAAUCCCUGGAGGACACGGCCAAGAGGAGUGUGGUGAGGGCGAUGAUGACCGAGUCGGCUUUCAGUAUCGACGAGCUCGAGGACCUCUUCUGUCUCUUUAAGUCCAAACACAUGACGAGUUGUUACUGGGGCUCCAGCAGUUCUGCAGCCGAACGCCAUGACCCCAGUCUUCCGUACCUGGAGCAGUAUCAUAUCGACCUGGCUCAGUUCUCUCAGCUGUUCUCCUCGCUAACCCCCUGGGUCUGUGGAAGCCACACCCCCUCUCUGUCAGCCCGCCUCUUCAGACUCCUGGACCAGAACCAGGAUGGACUGGUCAACUUCAAAGAGUUUGUCACCGGACUCAGUGGGAUGUCGCAUGGAGACAUGAUGGAAAAACUUAAACUGUUGUACAAGCUCCACCUCCCCCCAGCUCUAUGUCCUGAGGAGGCGGAGUCUGCUCUGGAGGCGACACACUUUUUUACAAAGGAUAAACAACGAGAGUCUCACUUCCUGUCUGAUCCGGACUCUUUGCGUCAGCAGGAAGUGACCAUAGGUGAGGAGGGGACAGAUGCAGCUGGAGACAGUGAGGAGAAGAAAGAGGAAAAGGUGAAGGACUACAGGUACUACCUGAGGAUGUGGGCCAAAGAGAAGGAACCCAAGUCAGAGACCAUCAAAGACCUGCCUCGCAUGAACCAGGAGCAGUUCAUUGAGUUGUGUAAGACUCUCUACAACAUGUUCAGUGAGGAGCCUCUGGAGCAGCAGCUUUAUCACUCCAUCGCCACUGUGGCCAGUUUGCUGCUGCGCAUCGGCGAGGUCGGCAAGAAGUUCAACAAUGGAACCAAAAAGAUUGAGACCGCUGAUGCACAGGCCCCGCCCCCUUCUCAGAGGGAGGAGGGGCCAGGUGGAACCCGGUUGUGCGAGGCGCUAGCUGACGCCCACCUGGAGCCGCAACCUCUGCACAUGUCCGACGAGGAAGCCAAAGAUGACAUGUCACUGUCGUCACACUCAGUGGGGAGUCCUGGCUCGCUGCAGUGCAAGGACAUGGCCGACGACUCCGUGCUGAUUGGUGGAGAGCAGCGACAGGGCAAUGUCUUGGAUGUUGAUUGGUCAAUCACCUUUGAGCAGGUACUUGCGUCACUGCUGACGGAGCCACCGCUUGUUGAUUACUUUGAGAGGAAGGUGGACAUCCAGAGCAAGAUCGUCAGCUGUAAGACUCAGCGGGCAGUGGAGCGCCAGAUUAGCUCCGCCUCCGACCAGGAAGUCCCCCAGCAGUCUGUCUGACUCGCCUUAUCUGUCCUGAUUGAUGCUUAAUCCUGUAUAAAGGCACUAACAGUUUUUAAUGUCCAAACAUCUGAUCAAUUAAUACAAAAUCUUGCACAGGAGGUGCAGAAACAGGAAACAGAAAGUUUAGGAACAUAAAGUGAGAAAUAAUUAAGGUCACUUUAUUUAGAGGAAAUCAAAUUGGUGUUCAAUGUUUUUAUUGACACUUUUAUUUUGAUGUGUGUGAUGACGCUGUUUAUUUCCUGUUGACUGAUGAUUUCUGAUGAUUUUAAAUCCAUUGUGUUGAUCUGUAUUGUUCUAAUAAACACUACUUCUUU